CCCAUAAUCUUUGUAGUUUAUCACUUAAUUAUUUGUAUUUAUUUUAUUUUUAAGGAAAGUAAUAAUUGUAAAUAUCUCAAAAUAUCUUGAUUACAUGAAAUAGAGAAAAUGAGAUCGAUUGAAGCAGGAAUUAUACUUUGUUGUCUGACCUGCUCACAUCAGUUAUCAACAUCGGCAAACAGCAAGUUCUGUGCAAAGGGACAAAGCAUAUGCAUACCAGAAGAUUACUCAAAGUUUGAUCCUCCAAAUGAUACUCAAACAGUGGUCAACGUAGGAAUAGACAUCAAAGAUAUUCCAAAGAUAAACGACAAGGACUUCAGUGUCACACUUAAUGCAUUUUUCGUGGUAAGAUGGCAAGACAAACGACUAGUGAUGGAUAAAGAGAAAAUAAUUUUGAACUUAGGUGAAGAGGCAGAAACGUGGAUUCCUGUCGAUGUUUCUUUUAUAAAGGAGUUUUGGUUGCCCGACGCAGAGAUACUCAAUCUUAAAGAGUUCAAGACCUUGGAUGUGUUGUCUAAGCUAGAAGGACUUUGGUUAAACACUGAUCUGGAAAUUAUGUACGCUGUGGCCACCAGAAUUACUUUUAUCUGUCCGAUGACAUUCAACAGUUUUCCUCUUGAUGUUCAGAUCUGCCACUUUCAGGUUGGAUCUUUUAACUACGACAAUACUAAGAUGGUUUUCAAUGAUGAGUUCAUUGCUGACGAGACUAAGAUUAGGUCUGUUCUCGACUACUCAAUCCACAUUGAUAAGCUCCCAGAGGAUAAGCAGAACUAUAUGGCCCUCACUGGUAACUUCAGUGUAGCUGGUUUUCAGCUCACACUUAAAAGAAAGGUGUCCCACUACAUAAUCACCUGCUACCUUCCCUCAGGAAUGUUUGUUAUUGUAUCCUGGAUCAGUUUCCUAAUUCCACCAGAUAUAGUUCCUGGAAGAAUGACCCUGUUAAUUACUGUGUUUCUGGUUUUAGUAAACAUAUUCAAUACUAUAACCACAAAUAUUCCCAAGGCCGAAGGACUGACUGCAAUCGAAGCCUGGGUUAUAGUUUGCGUUCUCUUUGUAUUUGGAGCCCUUGUAGAGUAUGCUGGAAUAUUAUUGAAAAUGAAAGUUCAACUCUCUAUGAAACCAAAGAAAAAUAUGACAAGAUGCGAGAGUGUAGACAGUCAGAUAAUUUUACACCCAUUGGCUCCUGAAAAUGGAACGAAUGGGGAUGAGAAGAGUGGAAAAAAGAAAAAGAAAAGGCCGAAGACUAGGGCAGAAGAGAAGCUAGGAACUGCUCGACUCGAUUUAACCUUCUUAGUAAUAUUUCCUUGUCUUUUUCUUUUAUUCAAUAUUGCUUACUGGUUGUCUUUCCUCUAUAUAUUACCGGAAUAAACAACAAAUCUAUUCCCUGUAACAUUAUUCACUACUCAAAUAUUAGGUCUUUUAGAUUUAUCAAAUCGUACAAAAUAUCUUAUCCUUUUAUGUUUUUCCUUGACCAAAUAUUGGUUAACUCACAUUGAGAACUAAAUCUAAUGUGUACAUCCAAGAAAAAGCAAUGCAAAAACAAAAAUUGGCUUGGUUUGUAGGUUACCUAGCUUUAUGCGCUAAUAGAAAAGCACAUUUCAGCUUCUCCUACGGUCAGCUUUAGUGCCAGAACUUUUGUAAAUGAUCUUAACCCUAUUCCUGCUGGGGGGGGGGUCAAUUUGACCCCCCCCCCUGUAGGUUUUUUUUACAUAAC